AUGGUCCUUCUAACUGAACUUCCACCGGAGAUCGUGCAACAUAUUCUUGGCUACGUCGAACCCUCCGACUUAGGAUGGAUCCCCCGCGUUUGCAAGAUCCUCUAUCAUGUUAUCAAUGGGAACACCUCGCUCUUCAGAAUCGUCUAUCUUAAUAACUUUGAUAAUCCUGUAAACAAACCCGUGGUGAAUUGGGUGCAGGCUCUUAAAGAUGUCGUCCGCUUACAAGUCGUAUGCCGAAGAGAUCGUGUACAAGAUAAGAAGGACGAGCUCUCAUUCGUUUAUGACACCGUCAAGUCUUUUCUUGAGAAUGCUGCCACAGAUACCGAGCGAUCCCCGUUAACAACCCAUCUGACGUCUCGCAACGCUCAACUUCUACGCUCCGUAUUCAAGGACGAGACUACCCAGUCCGCCUUUCUGUGUCGGUCUACAAUCUUCGAGCGCGCCCGCAGGGAAUUCGUUUAUUCUGAUAAUCCCGACCCGUCCGUACAGACGGAUCACCAGAAGAGCGCACAUCUGCACUGUCUCUUUGGGGUGCCGAUCUUAUAUGCGCGCCCAGAGUCGCACCAGACGAGAGACCGCAAGUUGAACCCGUACGCCUGCUCUGUGGUGUACGACUUGAGACAGUAUACACAAAACACGAAAUGGGGUCCGUUUAUGGAUGAUGAUACGGAUCGGGUGGACUGGGAGAAGGUCGAGGCUAUCAUGGUCGUGAUUGGAUCGAACCUUCGGAAGCUUGGCCUGGCGAAGUUUCCACUAUGUAGGAGUUACUGGGACUUACCUUUCGCAGGGACAUGGCCCAAAAGCUAUAUACCACAUCCCAUCCCGAGGGUGCCGGAGUCACCGGAAUCCUCAAAAUCAUUGGAUCUUCAGGAUCCGUAUGGAGUCACGGGGACCUGGCUACGCAUAGUAUGCUUCUUGGACUAUACAGACUUUUUCACAUAUAACUUUGCUUCGGAAGGGUCACAGCUUCCCCGGGAUAUCCCUCGACCGGCUCUUGAGGUUGGCCAAGCCAUGCGCCUAAUUCUCAUGAGGGUUCGCGUGACCAGCAUCGAACCCCCGGGGCCCGAAGACGGACAAGAACUACCAGUUGUACAUUUUGAGGGUAUUUCCCAGUCACUCGACGAUAGUUUUGAUGAUAACGCCAAUUCAGACUUGAGAGGUAUGAGAGGCACUGUUCGGUUGACACGUGAAGGCGAGGUACGCUGGACGACCUUCUCUAUCUUCAACGGUGUGGAGAGAUGGCGUAGUGAGAGUGUCCAGAUAGGCGGGGUCAAGAGUUCUAAAGGGAUAUUGGGUAAUUGGUUCGACAAAGAUUUCGAUCCACGUGGCCCAGCUGGUCCAAGUGCGUUUUGGAAGAUUUCGGACAGCGCCGUGGCGGAGUACAGCGAAAUGUUACAAAAGUAUCUGCCCAGCGUCCACGAUGCCUCCCACGAAGGACCCAGCGACGAGGAUGAGCUCGACUCGUCGGUUUACCGGUCGGAGGAUGAAGAUGAGGACGAGGAAGACGAACCGGGACUUGAGCUAGAAAUCACGGGAAUCUCUUGGAUGACCUGGACUGAUGAUUAG